AUGAAAGAUGGGAUGAUUGGGAAGAAGAACGUAUUCAUUCAGAUUUAAAAUGUCUAUUUUGCGAGAAUUUUUAUUCUUCUGCAAGUGAUCUUUUUGUUCACUGUACAAAUGAGCAUGGGUUUGAUUUUGUCAAGACCCGUACAGAACUUAGUAAGUGGAAG